AUCAGUUCGCUUUCACAUAAUUUAUCGCAUUAUUGCAAAAUUUCUUCUUAUCCGAAAUGCAAAUGUUCAUAAAACUAAUAUUAAUUGCUUGUUUAAGUUUCAUUAUUUUGAUUUCGAAUCAACAAGCACAUGGAAAAAUUUUCAUUAUAACAUUUGAUUCUGAAGAUAGUUAUUUGAAUAAGAAUACUGUUGAUCAACUUAAUGUUGAGCAAACAUUCAUACCCGUCGAUGAGGAUAAUGCAGUUAGAGCAGAAGAUAAUCAUGUAACUUUGGAUUUGGGAAAGAAAAACGUUCGAUCAACUGAAAUAUAUAAAUUCGGACGUCGAACUUCUAACGAUAGUUUGAUUAUUAAAGCAACCGAUAGUUUCCAAUAUGACGAUGUUAUAAAUGUCAUUUUAAACAUUUGCUAUCCAAAAUCUGGUAUUGGUUCAAUAGUAAAAUAUGUUUAUAUUGAAGUUGAUCAGCUAAGUUUUGGAAAUGCUACUAUUAUUUCGGGAGGUAUAGGUGAAAGAAGUAUAUGUAUAUCAAUUUUUGCAAAAACUACAUAUUACUUGAAUUAUAGAGCAUCAUUCUAUGGUUAUAAUUGAAUUAAAUGAGCUAAUCAAAAAGGAAUAUAGUUAGCUCUAUGAUAAAAGCAUUAGUUUGUAAAAUUAUUAACUGUAUGAAGGAUCUUUUUGAACAGAUCGCAUAAAUUUUAAAAAUUUUUAUAUUCUACAACAAUAAUAAAACUGUCUU